UAAACAUAGACCAGAAUGCCACCGGGCCGAACCCACCCGUAUAUAAGCCAUAGGAGCUGCUUCCCAAACGUCUGCUCAGCCAUUAGUGACCGGGAACAGAACAGGAAGCCCGAGACAAUGGCACCAAAGAAAGCCAAGAAGAAGGAAGCAGCCAGCUCAAAUGUGUUCAGCAUGUUUGAGCAGUCUCAGAUCCAGGAGUUUAAGGAGGCUUUCACCAUCAUGGACCAGAACAGAGAUGGCUUUAUUGACAAGAACGACCUGAGAGACACCUUUGCUGCACUGGGACGUCUGAAUGUGGGCAAUGAUGAAUUGGAUGAGAUGCUGAAGGAAGCUCCUGGUCCCAUUAACUUCACCAUCUUCCUCAGCAUGUUUGGAGAGAAGCUAAAAGGGACUGAUCCUGAGGAGAACAUUCUUAAUGCCUUUAAGAUCUUCGACCCAGAGGGCACGGGCAUCAUCAAAGGAGAAGAGAUCAAAUAUCACCUCAUGUCCCAGGCAGACAAAUUCACAGAGGCAGAGGUAAAUCAGAUGUUCACAAACUUCCCCCUGGAUGUGGCUGGUAAUCUGGACUACAAAAAUUUGUGCUAUGUCAUCACCCACGGCGAGGACAAGGAGCAGGAGUAAAUACUCCAUAUCCCAUGGUUCUCUGUGUUUACUGAAAGUCUGUUUCUGAUUCCCUUUCCCUGCACUUGUCCUUUUGUCAAUAAAGCUGUAAAAAUUCUGUAUUAAAAA